AUGGCGCUGGGGCUGCUGAUCGCGGUGCCUCUGCUGCUGCUGCAGGCGGCCGCGCCCGGCGCCGCGCACUACGAGAUGAUGGGCACCUGCCGCAUGAUCUGCGACCCGUACCGCGCGGCCCCCGACGGAGGGCCCGCGGGCGCCCAGGCGCCGCCGCCCGGACCCAGCACCGCCGCCCUGGAGGUCAUGCAAGACCUGAGCGCCAACCCGCCGCCCCCUUUCGUCCAGGGACCCAAGGGCGACCCGGGGCGGCCGGGCAAGCCGGGGCCGCGGGGACCCCCCGGAGAGCCGGGCCCGCCUGGACCCAGGGGUCCCCCGGGGGAGAAGGGCGACCCCGGGCGUCCCGGGCUGCCGGGGCUGCAGCUGACGGCGGCGGGGGCGGCCGGAGGGGACGGGACGGUGGGCGGCGGGACCCGGGGCGGCGGUGGCGGCGACCCCGAAGGCGAAGUGACCGGCGCGCUCAGUGCCGCCUUCAGCGGCCCCAAGAUCGCCUUCUACGUGGGCCUCAAGAGCCCCCACGAGGGCUACGAGGUGCUCAAGUUCGACGACGUGGUCACCAACCUCGGCAACCACUACGACCCCGCCAGCGGCAAGUUCAGCUGCCAGGUGCGCGGCAUCUACUUCUUCACCUACCACAUCCUCAUGCGCGGCGGCGACGGCACCAGCAUGUGGGCGGACCUCUGCAAGAACGGCCAGGUCCGGGCCAGCGCCAUCGCGCAGGACGCGGACCAGAACUACGACUACGCCAGCAACAGCGUGGUGCUGCACCUGGAGGCGGGGGACGAGGUGUACGUGAAGCUGGACGGCGGCAAGGCGCACGGAGGCAACAACAACAAGUACAGCACCUUUUCCGGCUUCCUCCUCUACCCGGACUAG